GCAAUGCAACGGGGAGGCUGCCUGUUCCGAGAGGAGAGUUUCUACAUAGUCUGCGAAUGGGGAAACAGUUCAGGUGAAGAAGAAGAAGUCGUCUUACUUUGGAGCAACACGAGAGCACAACCUGGAUUCAUUUGUUUUUAUGCAGCUGCAGUUAUGAGUAACAGUCCAGAUCAGAGUGAUCCUGUUCACCCCCAUGGAUUUAUUAUUUCAAAGUGUCAUCUCAACCAGAAGAACCACACCAGGCCCGGAGCCCGGCGGUGAUCCUGGCCAUGCAGCACAACAACUCCUCCGUUACCACCCCCCUUCCCUUCUUCAACGACACCCAUGCCACGAAGAAGGUGGAGGCCGUGGCAUGUAACGCCACCCGCCCACAGAAUCCCACAAUCCCACAUCCCACAUCUGCCGUCCUCACCAUGACUCUGGGCAUCCUGUUCAACGUGGUGGCCCUCAUCAUUCUCGCCAAGGCUUACAACCGCUUCCGGCGGCGCUCGAAGGCCACGUUCCUGCUCUUCGCCAGCUCCCUGGUGGCAACGGACCUGGCCGGACACGUCAUCCUCGGAGCCCUCGUGCUGAGGAGAUAUUCAGCGGGCACCGGGUCGGCGGCGAACCCCGUCUCCAGCUUUCAGAACGCCUCCGCCAAUCCGGAUUGGUCUUGUCUGUUGCUGGGAAGUUGCAUGGUGUUCUUCGGCCUGUGCCCGCUCUUCCUGGGCUGCGCCAUGGCUGCUGAGCGCUGGCUGGGCGUCACCAGGCCUUUGCUGCACGCCCGUCUGGUGACCAUGGCGCGGACAAAGGUGGCGCUGGCCCUGAUCUGGCUGCUGGCUUUGUGCAUGGCCCUCCUGCCCUUCUUCAGCCUGGGCGCCUACACUAACCAGUACCCGGGGACGUGGUGCUUCAUCAGGGUGAUGGAGAGCACCGGAGCGAAGGACCUGGCCUUCGUGACGCUCUUCUCCGGACUGGCUUUGAGCUCCCUGGCCUCGGCCUUCGUGUGCAACACCGUCAGUGGGAUCACGCUGGUGAGAGCCCGGCUAAAGAAAAGGUUGUGUUCACGACGGGGCUCAGGUGGCUCCCAGGACACUGAGAUGGUGGUCCAGCUGGUUGGCAUCAUGGUCACCUCCUGCAUCUGCUGGAGCCCUCUGCUGGUCUUUGGACUGAUCUCAGCCACAAAGUCCUACAGUGGCUUCCCUGCCGGUGACAGAGACACUUACAGUAGUCUGAUGGUGAUAGGUGUCAGGAUGGCGACCUGCAACCAGAUCCUGGACCCGUGGGUCUACAUCUUGCUGCGGCGCGCCGUCCUCAGGAAGAUCUACCGCAUCACCAAGAGAAAGGCCAGUUUCAAGGGGAGCACGUUCCGCUCCAUUCGCUGGGACGUCGGCUCCUUUCAGAGCUCAGAGAAAAACAACAGUGUUAGUAAGAUUUAAAUGGACCUAUAUGGAGGAAAGAGAGGAGACGGGUCUUCUCUCGUCAGCGGGAUCGCCACUGAGUCCAGCAGUCCAUCAUCUGGAUCCAAAUUCAGUGUUGAAAGAUUCUUACGAAAAGGGUUGUCUGGUGGGAAUGACAGCCACUCUGGUUUAGGUGAAGUAAAUGUGUUGGGAACAAAAACAAAUGGAACAACGUGUUCCAGAUUUGAAAUAUCACCGACCAGCUCUUGUGUUGUUGUAUGUACAGUGUGAGCCAGUGUUAUGCUACAAAUGAAUAAAGAAAAACAGCUCAUUAUGAACUGCUAAUAGUGUUUAUCAGAUUGCAACAUGGCCCAUACACAUGCUUGCACGGCAGCCUGUCCUCGACGAGAGCGGACGUAAAUGAAAAAGAUUCCGUCGGUUGAAGUGUGUUAACGUUUUUUUUUGUUGACGUGGAGACUGUAUCUAUCGUCUUAAAGCAAACAUCUCAACUCAAAAGGUUUCGUUUGCUUUGUUCUCCGACAACAGUGUAAAAGUCAAUGACUUGUAUAAAUGCUCACAUAAGAGAGCCCAGAAAAAAAAAAAAUCUGUGCUGUUACCUCAGCUUAAAGAUGUGAAAAGCACAAUGUUGUGCUGUGACAUGAACGUGAACGUGCGUCUGUUAUUGAUUGAUUAUUUGUAAAUGUGUCAGCAGUAUUUUUCCCCAAGUCAGUCAGGACUGAAGUGAAACUGCAAAAGCUAAUUGAAUGUGAUAUUGUUAACAAAAGGGAAUGUACGAUUGGAUAAUAAAUGUUCAUCUGUUAAUGUUUCAUCUCAUUCUGGUUUAUGAUUGAUGCCAUAGUUUUACAGCUUUUGUCGAGAUCAGGUUCUUUUUC